CGACUGGUUCUUCCAGGGGCAAUCUGAGAGUCAGGUGGUGCCUUCCCCGAGACUGCUGUGAGAUGGUGUUCUGAGUGCAGAAUGUUUGUACCAGGAUGGAGAAGCAUUAGCGGACGGAGAAUGUCUUAAAAGGUUUUUUUUUUAAGUCAGAGAAAAAUGAUUCUUCUCCCGGGCACCCAGCAGUUGGACAUUCGAAUGCCCUUUCCAGAUGAGAUUAAGUACACCAUUUUGGGUAUCUCGAUUCUGCUCUUCUUGAUAGCAAUGGGCAUUCUUAUCUGGCAAGUUCACAAAUGCUGUUCCAAGGCUCAUUAUUCAAAGGAUUCAGUUAGCAGCUUGGUGGGAGCAGAUGAAUUGGACCAGAGUAGAAGCUCCUAUCUUGACAUUCAGAGGCCAAGAUUUAAGGAGGAGUUCGCCCAUGACCAGGUGCGCAGGCUGAGCCGCUACCUGUCCCAGGACUCCCUGCCAGCCUCGAUGCUGAGUGGCAGCCUGGAGAGCCUGGAGGACCAGGAGAGCGAGGACGAGCCGCAGAUGCGCGGCUCGCUGCGCUUCUCCCUCUACUACGACCAGCUGCAGGGCCGCCUGGUGGUGACCGUCCUGGAGGCCCGCCAGCUGCCCCUGCGCGAGUUCAGUCACAGCGUGGACCCCUUUGUGCGCGUGCGUCUGCUGUGGGCCAACGAGGCGAACGAAGAAGGAGACACCGAGGAGGAGGAAGAGGAGGUGGAGGAGAGGAGGACGACGGCGAGGAAGGAGAAGAGCUCCGUAAGCGUCCGGCCACAGCAAUGCGUCCUUCACGAGUGGCAGUCGCGGCUGGUGAAGAACAGCAGCAGCCCGGCCUUCGGGGACCAGUUCUCCUGCUCCCUGGCUGAGGAGGAGGUGCACCGUGUCACUGUCAAACUAGAGGUUCGAGACUUUGAUAAGUAUUCCAGGCAUGGGAUUCUGGGGGAGGUUCGCAGACCGUUGAGUAAUUUGAAUAUUUCAUAUCCUCUGGAGAUGUGGCAGGAUCUACAACGACCCACAAAGGACUUGGUUGGUGAAGUGCUCCUCUCUCUGAAGUACAUGCCUACAUCACAGAGGGUGGAAGUGGGUAUCCUGAAGAUCAGGAUCAUUUCAAAGUCCAGCAGAACAGACAGAGCACUCUAUGUCCGGACCAGUGUCCAGUGCAACCAGUGCAAGCUCCGCCACCAGAAAACUGCGCCCAAGACCCGGUGGGACGUGACCGUUUUUAACGAGGUCAUGAUUUUCGUGCUGCCUGACCCUCCGGUGCGGGACUGCACCAUCGUGAUCAAUGUAUAUGAACUGAACCCUGGGAAGAAAUCAUCGAAGCGCCUGAUUGGCCAACUAACAAUAGGGAAGGGGAGACAGUCAGAGGAUGAACACUGGAAGCUGAUGAUGCGUUCGCUUCGCCAACCAAUUGCAAAGUGGCAUCUACUGUAUGUAUGAAACUAGUGAACUAUUUGUGUUUCUGUCUUAUCCUGUAUUACUCCUUGAGCCAGACCCCCUAACUUUGGUAAAUCAGUACCAUUAAAGGGGAAUAAGUCUCAUAGAGAUUUUUGACAAGAUAUAUCACCCUAGAAUUAGGAAAUGUGAUAGCAUUGCAUUUUUGGUAGCAUUUUGUGUUUUAUCAGCCGGUUUAUAUCCAUUAUACGUGGAGAAAAAUCUUACAGGUGAAUGUUAUGUAAAGUAUGUAAAUGACUCAUUAUCUAAUAACACUGGAUAAAGUCAAGUUCAAAAUUCUUCUUUUUGUUUUUCAUUUUGGACAGUGAAAUGUUAUUACAGUGGGUGUUUUGAAUUUGGUUAUUUUGAAUAGAUACUGCCAAUAGCCAUUUUUUUUUUUCUUAACCCAA